AUGCCCGAACCAAUCAUCCAAGUAAAAACCUUUGAAGGCUACCCCAUCCCCGACGACACCACACCAACCACCCGCAAAACCCUUCACCAGAACAUCCUAGGAAAACUGCGUCCCUUACCUCUUCUCUACCACUGGACGGUCUGGUUCGACCGAUACACAAACCCAGCCGACACCACGGACCCCGAAAAACAAUACACUUCACGCCAAACCAUUCUCUACGAAGAUGUCGCCGACAUCGCUACUUUCUACAGGGUCUACAACAACUACCCCUGGAACAAGAUCCGAUUACGUGACACAGUUCACAUUUUCCGUAAAGGGACGAAACCAGUAUGGGAAGAUCCUGAGAAUAGGCUGGGGGGAUGCUGGACGUUCCGUGUUCCGAAGCCACUAAGCCAGCAGUUUUUCCACGAACUCGCUAUUCUGACCAUAGCGAAUGAAUUACAGGCUGCUGUGGAGGGUGAGCACGAUCAUAUCCUAGGAGUUAGUACAUCAGCUCGAUUCAACAGCUAUUUGAUAUCUGUCUGGAAUAAGCACGGAUCGAAUGCAGCCUCGAUCAAGAUUCUUGAAGAGACCAUCAUCAAGCGACUAUCGCCUGAACUGAGACCAAUUCAAAACUCGAAUUCAUAUUUUUAUAAGAAACAUGCUGAUCGUGAGGGAUACGAUGAAGCGAUUAGGGCUUUCACUGGGAGUAGUGAUAGAGCGAGCUUUGUUUCGUAG